AUGAGCCCCGGGCUGCUGAUGCUGCUCGGCAGCGCCGUCCUGGUCGUCUUCGGCCUCUGCUGCACCUUCGUGCACCGCGCUCGCAGCCGCUACGAGCACAUCCCCGGGCCGCCGCGGCCCAGUUUCCUUCUAGGACACCUCCCCUACUUUUGGAAAAAGGAUGAGGUUUGUGGCCGCGUGCUCCAAGAUAUGUUUUUGGAUUGGGCUAAGAAGUACGGACCUGUCGUGCGGGUCAAUGUCUUCCACAAAACCUCGGUCAUCGUCACGAGCCCCGAGUCGGUCAAGAAGUUCCUGAUGUCAACCAAGUACAACAAGGACUCCAAGAUGUACCACGCGAUCCAGACUGUGUUUGGUGAGAGGCUGUUCGGCCAAGGCUUAGUGUCCGAAUGCGACUAUGAGCGCUGGCACAAACAGCGCAGGGUCAUGGACCUGGCCUUCAGCCGGAGCUCCUUGGUUAGCUUGAUGGAAACAUUCAAUGAGAAAGCGGAGCAGCUGGUGGAGAUUCUGGAAGCCAAGGCGGAUGGGCAGACUCCGGUGUCCAUGCAGGAUAUGCUGACCUGCACCACCAUGGACAUCCUGGCCAAGGCAGCUUUUGGGAUGGAGACCAGCAUGCUGCUGGGUGCCCAGAAGCCUCUGUCCCGGAAAGUGAAACUGAUCCUGGAGGGCAUCAGUGCAUCCCGAAACACUCUGGCAAAGUUUAUGCCGGGGAAGUGGAAGCAGCUUCGCGAGGUCCGGGAGAGCGUGCGUUUCCUGCGUCAGGUUGGCAAGGACUGUGUCCAGCGCCGCCGGGAGGCCCUGCAGAGGGGGGAGGACGUGCCUGCUGACAUCCUCACACAGAUUCUCAAAGCUGAAGAGGGGGCCCAGGACGACGAGAUUCUGCUGGACAACUUCGUCACCUUCUUCAUUGCUGGUCACGAGACCUCUGCCAAUCACCUGGCAUUCACGGUGAUGGAGCUGUCGCGCCAGCCGGAGAUCUUGGCGAGGCUGCAGGCCGAGGUGGACGAGGUCAUCGGUUCCAAGAGGCACCUUGACUGCGAGGACCUGGGGAGACUGCAGUACCUGUCCCAGGUCCUCAAAGAGUCGCUGAGGCUGUACCCACCAGCGUGGGGCACCUUUCGUCUGUUGGAGGAGGAGACCUUGAUCGAUGGGAUCCGAGUCCCCGGCAACACCCCGCUCCUGUUCAGCACCUAUGUCAUGGGGCGGAUGGACACAUACUUUGAGGACCCGCUGACUUUCAACCCAGAUCGCUUCAGCCCCAAAGCACCCAAGCCGAAGUUCACCUACUUCCCAUUCUCCCUGGGACCCCGCUCCUGCAUCGGGCAGCAGUUUGCUCAGAUGGAGGUGAAGGUGGUCAUGGCCAAGCUGCUGCAGAGGCUGGAGUUCCGGCUGGUGCCCGGGCAGCGAUUCCGGCUGCUGGAGCAGGCCACGCUCAAGCCGCUGGACCCCGUGCUCUGCACCCUGCAGCCUCGGGGCUGGCAGCCCGCGCCCCCGCCCCCGCCCUGCUGA